AUGUUGUUUUUUGUACCCCUGGGCUGUGUGGGCUGUGUGGGCUGUGUGGACUGUGUGGGCUGUGUGGGCUGUGUGGUCUGUGUGGACUGUGUGGGCUGUGUGGUCUGUGUGGGCUGUGUGGACUGUGUGGGCUGUGUGGGCUGUGUGGGCUGUGUGGACUGUGUGGACUGUGUGGUCUGUGAGGGCUGUGUGGGCUGUGUGGACUGUGUGGGCUGUGUGGACUGUGUGGGCUGUGUUGACUGUGUGGACUGUGUGGGCUGUGUGGGCUGUGUGGACUGUGUGGGCUGUGUGGACUGUGUGGGCUGUGUGGGCUGUGUGGGCUGUGUGGACUGUGUGGGCUGUGUGGACUGUGUGGGCUGUGUGGACUGUGUGGGCUGUGUGGACUUUGUGGGCUGUGUGGGCUGUGUGGACUGUGUGGGCUGUGUGGACUGUGUGGGCUGUGUGGGCUGUGUGGGCUUAGAGAUCAUAGGACUCACAGUGAUCAUAGGACGCACAGGACUCAUAAUGCUCAUAGGGCUCAUAAUGCUCAUAGGGCUCAUAAUGCUCAUAGAACUCAUAAUGCUCAUAGAACUCAUAAUGCUCAUAGAACUCAUAAUGCUCAUAGGACGCACAGGACUCACAGUGAUCAUAGGCCUUACAGGUCUCAUAGUGUUCAUAUGA